GCGCUCUCUUAUUGUGUCCCCCAUCCUCCCUAGCUGUUUCUCCCUCUCUCUUCCUCUGGGCCGGCAUGGUGGGCAAAGUGCGAAGGAGGCCGCGGCUGCACCAAGCAGCGCCUCGGCAGGGUUGGGCAAGCGAAGGGGAGCACUUAGCGAACGCUUUCCCCUCCUUUGUUCCCCCCGCGAAGCAGGGCCAAGUUAUUUUGACCUCAAACAUCUUUGCUGGAGUGAAAAUAGAUCCAAACUCUCUGGUGAGAAAGUUAGACACAAAUUCAAGAAGCAUUGUUUCAACUGUGAAAGAUGGAGAUGAAAAGACGCUUCUCUCUAAAAAAGAAAAAAUGAAGCUGCGAAAGGACAGAUGGCUGCAGAAAAUCGAAGGCAUUAAGGUGGCAAAACAGCAACAAAAAGCAGAGGCAAAGCGAAAAGCUACCCCAAUUGUUGGAGAUAUGCAUCCCUUGAUGGAUGCCCUGCCUGAGCUCUCAGACCUGGUAUCCGUCAGCAAGUUCCCCAAACAUUGUAAAAUCAGCCAGAUAAAGAAGAGGGUGCCAACAAACUUCAACCAGAUGAAAUCAGCCCAGAAAAGCAAAGUCAUAGUGGAGGAAGUAGCACAGUUUCACAAGACAAUAUCUGACCCUUUCUUCAAAGCCAACCCGCUGGCAGUCAUCAGUGAACAACUUUCCAAAAGACUGAUGCAGGAGAGGGAAGGAAAGCCACUGUAACAUCAUCAUUGGAGUGGUUUUGAAAGCACAAAAGACGGAAUUCACAAGACACACUGCCCACUAGGCCAGCGUAACUUUCAAGUGUUUGCAGAAUCAUGAUAUCCAAUAACCUUGUUUUCUGUCAAAAGAAAUAUUGCUGCCAUCACUGAUGUUUAUGCUACAAGUGCUAGCUACAGUUAUGCCCACUACAGUAUUUCACUAGAAGCUCUGUAGAUCUAAUUGUUUGCAUUUCUCACUCUGUGCUAAAUCACGCACCAGAUGUUACUACUUCUCUCUCUCUCUCUCUCUCUCUCUCUCUCUCUCUCUCUUUUCCAGCUUUUUCUUAAACUGAAGUCUAAACCACCAUCUUCUCCACUAGGAGGAAUAUAGCAUUUGCAUCUACAUUUUCCAUGGGCGGUAAAAAUGCUAGUUUGAGGGGGAUUUAUUUUGACAUGUCCAAAUAAUUUUAUUAUUGUAUCAAAGGCUAGAAAACCUCAGUAUUUCACAAGCUAUAAUUUAUCUAAUAAUUAGUGGUUGUCUCCUUGUGAGGCUACUGUUAUAACAUAGCAAUAAAAGAGACAGUCCCAUCUAAACCAUUUCAAUGAAAAUAUGAUGAGGGACACUAAUCAAAGAGCCUCAUUUAUUUGAAUACACAGCUUUAUUAAUUGCAAAAUUACACUGAUUUGUGCAAUACACCGUGAGGGCCCUACUAACAUAAAACAUGCCAAGAAUUCUAUAGAGAGAUGUGUUACAAAGGUUUAAAAAUGCAGGGGUAAAAUCACAAAGCCAAUUCCAUAAAACAAACCCAAGAUAUGUUCAAAGGCAGCUCCACAUAGGAAACAUUUGAAUAGUCACUUUUGGAUUUUAUUAAGACUUUGUUGAUGGUAGCUAGCCUAUCUUUCCAGGGGGUAUAUUAGCUUAAUGUGGUAAAACAUGCUUUUUUGCCAAAGAUGCCAGUUGGUCAUCAGAAGGUAAAUCAGGUUAUAACAGCAUCCUAAAACAUAUUUAAGAAAGAAUGUGAACUCUCCAGGCACCUCCUUGUUCAGAUCAGCCACCUAUUGGUAAUUAAGCUUUCAUUUCUUAACUGAACAAACCAACUGAUAGCAUGUCAUGUGUCCAAAUGCCUCAGUUGUGUUGACUGCAAAAGAAAAGCAUUUGGUGCCAUGCGCAUAACCAUAAUGCAUCUCUGUGGAUCUCUAGAUAACCUCAUCUAGCAUUUUCAUUUUUCUCGAAUUUCAGAUGCUUGUGAAUUUUUGAUUGCCUUAAUAAAUCAAUUUGGGUA